AUGGCACAACACGACGAGCGCAUUGCGUACUAUUCAACAUUAUGCGAACAAUUGUACAACCCAAAGUCAUCGGCUGAACGAGACCAAGUGCAAAAGAUGCUCGAGUACAGCUUCCCCACAUUUGCAGGCACGGGUGGCAUGGUACCGCAACAACAACAACCUCCUGGCAUGGACAACAGCCCAACGUUCGCCAUUGUCACUCCAACGGACACUGCUUCUGCUUUGCGAGUGCUCUUGGAAAACUCUCCCAGUCCUUAUGUUCAGACGUUUUGCUUGUCCCGCUUUAAGCAGCUUAUUCAGGCGCAGUUUACUCUCUUUUCAGAUGAAACCAAAGUGCAACUACGAUCUUUUUUGUUGGAAUACUGCUUUAUGCAUACGGAUCUUGAACCCUUUGUGAUCACUCAGCUAGCAGGCGUCUUGGCAUUGUUGACAAGAUUGGGAUGGCUUGAUGUGGAAGAAUAUCGAAACGUACAAAAGGACAUCCAUCAGUUUCUUCAGGCAUCGGUGGAUCAUCGUAUCGUUGGUAUGCAUAUCCUUGCUGUUUUAAUACAAGACAUCCAUGAUUCCCCAAGUGCACCAUGCAACACUGCAAAGUUUAGAAAAGCAGCUGCUUCAUUCCGAGAUACCCAGCUUUAUGCAAUCUUUGAAACCACGUUCAAGACAUUAGACAAUCUGCUGCGACAUACCAUCCCCUUUGAUAAACCUGGACAAGAAGACAGGCUACGGCAUGUCACCAUCAAUGUCCUUCUUAAAUGCCUAUCAUACGAUUUCGCAGGCACAAGUUUGGAUGAAGCUGGGGAAGACAUUGGCACUGUACAGAUCCCUUCUUCUUGGCGAUACGUCUUUGAAGAUGAUAAUUUCAUCCCAACAUUAUUUGGAGCUUAUCAAGCAUUUCCACCUCCGUUAUCAGCAAAGGUUAUGGAAUGCCUUGUACUGGUAGCAUCCGUUCGAAAGGGGCUAUUUGAGACCGACAAUCAGCGAUCCAAAUUUGUGGUCAGCCUUAUGAAAGGGAUCAGAGAGGUCAUUCUUACAUCUCAAGGCAUGAACAAUGUGGACAAUUACAAUGAAUUUUGUCGGCUUCUUUUCCGAUUCCGAUCGUCAGCACCACUGAACGAGAUGGCGGAGAAACCUGACUAUGGGGAGUGGAUCGAAUUAAUCGCGGAUUUCACAUUGAAGGCCGUGCAAUCUUGGAAGUGGGCUCCCAACACAGCUGCUUACCUAUUGGGAUUUUGGUCUCGUACUAUACAAAGCAUGACCUAUUAUCAAAAGUUGGGCGAAAUCACUGCUGAAAAGCUGGGAAACAUUAGUGUUGAGCUCACACGCAUCUACGCCACCACAAACGUUGAAUCGGUUGCUGCAAGAAUAGAAGAAAUGCUGGAUGAUCCAUUAGAGAGCGAAGAAGACCUUGUAGAAAACCUGGUGAUGCUUGGUCAAAUUGCACGGUGCAAGUACGAGGGAUCUACCGAUGUCUUGAUUGCUGUGUUUGAUCCAAUUGCUAUACAGUAUCAGGAGUUGGUUACGCAAAUUACAGCAGGUGUAGCUAAUCCAGACGCCCUUCGGGAUACAAUGGAAGUGGUUCAACUCAAGAUUGCAUGGUUGGCAUACAUCUUGGGGGCCUUCAUUGGAAGUCGACCAUCUUACAUGAGCAGGAUUGAAACCGAUGUUAUUGAUGGGAGGCUCAUAGCCAAGGUGUUGCAGCUGAUGGAGGUCAACCAAGCAUUACAAAGUCAUCUUGGCGAGGCAUCCUUGAAUCAAAAGCUUGAAAUGGCGAUCAUUUUCUUCUUGAUGCAAUUCCGGAAGUCGUAUAUCAGUGAGACCAACGUGCUAUAUCCUGAUUUAGCAGAAGCCUUUGGUAUUACGGAUCCAAAGAUGAUAUUGAACGUAAUGAUGACCAAGAUAAUCAAGAAUCUGCAAGUAUGGCGACACAAUGAGCAUGUGAUCCGGAAGACGUUGCAACUUUUUAAUGAGCUUGCUAGCGGAUUCAGUGCAGUGAGAAAUUUACGCAAGACCGAAGCAAUGCGGAUCAUGUUACAAAACCACAUGUCGAGUGAAUUUGCGUUCUUUGAAAACGAGCAUCAUCAGCAGAAUCGGAUGUUGUAUUAUCAAGUGUUAUGCAAGGUGUUAUUUGCGGACGACCAUUGUGAAUCCGAUUUCUACGCAUUCAUGCGACCUUUUGAAGAACGUCUAGAACCGUUGGAAACAUUGGAUUCAGUGGAUGCAUUUCGCCAACCUGCAGUUCGGCUUAUGCUGCAAGAUAUCUUUCGAGAUCUAAGAGGCUUUAUCCAACCCAUCCAAAACCGACGCGACUAUACGUUAUUCUUCAAUUGGUUUUAUCCCGAAUACAUGCCGAUCUUGUUACGUGCCUUGGAAGUGUGGGCGCCGGAUCCAUCCGUGGCGAAUGUUUUGCUAAAGUUUUUUGCCGAGUUGGUCCACAACAAGAGCCAGAGACUCAACUUUGAUGUAUCCUCCCCCAACAGCUUAUUGCUUUUCCGUGAUACGAGCCGUCUUAUUUCAAUCUAUGGUCGGCAUGCACUCGACAUUGCCGAGGUAAAUGAAAAGUAUGCUUGCAAGUACAAGGGCAUUUCCAUUUGCUUCAAGAUGCUGUCGCGAUGUCUAAGUGGGCGGUAUAUCAAUUUUGGUGUGUUUUGGCUGUAUCAGGAUAAGGCGAUCGACGAGGCAUUUCACAUGAUGUUUCAGCUGAUGUUGAGCAUUCCGCAUCAUGAUCUCAUGGGAUUCCCAAAGUUGGCAUCGGCAUUUGCAGCCCUGUUGGAUGAUUUUAGCAAGGAACAACUCACUACUUUGCCGACCCUGGAGCCCAAUACGUUCCUUUACAUCAUAAGGGCAUGUGAACAAGGCAUUGAAUCGAAUGAGCAUUAUGUCAGAUCACAUGCAUGUUCAGCUAUCGACCAUAUCUGCACAUUUGUUGCCCAUGAGAGUGAUCAUCAUCAACAUCAUCAACAUCGACAACGACACCAACAUCAAGCACCAGCGACCCAUUGGCUUGUGAGCUACUUUGGUCAAUUCCCUACCGUACUUCCAUCAUUGCUUGUCACCGUAUUCAACCUCGUACUAUUUGACGACAACAGUGAUCAGUGGGCGUUAUCAAGACCAUUGUACGUGUUGAUGCUACUCCAAAGGAAUUAUGCUAUGGAAUACACAAAUCGGGUGAUCCAACAACAGUUGCCUGAACGACAAUCGUUUGUGUCCAAGGCUUUGGGCGAUUUGACGGAAGCCAUCGGAUGGGACUUGUCCAACAAGGAUCGUGAACGGUUUUCCCGAAACGUGUCAGCGUUUAGGCGCGAAUUGACUUUGCACAAUAUAUCCUUGGUCCCCGUUUCACCACACGACCUUGCUACCACCACCUCCAUGACAACCACGUUGCUACCCAACGCAGCAACAACCGUUGUCAACAACAAUAAUGGUCCAAACAACAGCAAUAACAAUAAUACCAAUGCUACCGUAGCUGCCUAUUAA